CGAAACAAACUCUUAUCAAAACCACAGCAAAUUAAAUCUAAUUGAACCAAACGAAAUAUAUAGUCCAACCGAUUAAAAAUGACUUUGAGGUUAUAAUUCAAUCAAAUUUUAACGAAAACUGAACUAAUCAAACCAACCAACGGUACCUACCCAAACCGAAAUCCGAAAAUAAACCAAAAUACCUACAACUAUUUUUUUUACAAGAAAGUGUGACCAUUUUCGCAUGAAGAAAGAAAGACGAAGAGGCAUUGACGUGACGUAGAGCUCAACAUUCACUCGCAUCGUUUCGCAUGGGGUAAGCAGGUGCCGUGCACGUAGACCACACCACUCUCUCUUCAUUAAAAUCCACUCUUCUAAUUCAUGAAAUUCCACAAUCAUCCGAUAUCAAACAAGCUAUGGCGCCCUUUCCACUCUCUUUGAUUUUUGGAAAGAAAAAACGUCGUCGCGACGACGAGAUACGAAGACAAAAGCCGACGCUCAAGGGUGUUAUGACGGCUUUUUUUGCCACUGAAGCUGCAAUAUGCCUCUUGUUGCUGGCCGGUAUAUCUCUAACCGGCACAGCCGUGGCACUAUUCGCGUCCAUGCCGCUAUUCCUCGUUUUUAGCCCCGUUCUUGUACCCGCGGGUAUUGCCACCACUAUUCUUGCUUCAGGUUUAAUGGCCGGAGGCACCUCUGGUGUGUCGGGUCUCACCAUCUUAAUGUGGCUCUACAAGAAAUAUACGGGUAGAGACUUUCCAAUUAAAAUUCCAGGUGCUGCCGCAGCAGGUGGAGCUGCCCCAGCCGCUCCCGCUGCCCCUGCCCCUGCUGCACCUGCCGCUAAACCAGCAGCUAAACCAGCAGCUAAACCGGGCGCGUGAAAAUUAGUCAAGGACAUAGACAAGGAUGCAUGACGAUAUGGAAAAAUUUGCUCUACAACCAUUGAAAUUCCAUAAAUUAAAGAUAUUUAUCCACUUCUUUUUUUUGCUAAGUACUAAUUAUUACGUACUGAUGAAACUAAAUUUCUCAAUCGUCAUUCUAUUGAUGUAUGCCGUGCUACAGAAACAAUAACAUAUAUAUGCAUGUUUAUUGUUUAAUAUUUUAAAAACGAGGUUAUAUAUAUAACCGAUUUUAACCUUAAA